AUUCAGAUUAGCAAUCGCAGGAGGGUUAGCUUCGACGCCAGCGCGGCUGCUAGCAUGUUAGCGCCUCUCUUUGUUUGCGUCUUCAAGUUACCAAAACGUGCUGUGGCUGCUGGUUCCGAUCUCGGAACUUCCUGCCGCGGUAGCCCAAACAUUGCAGCCCUAAAGUCUCCAUUAAGUGACGAACAGCUGUUGGGUGCUCGCUAGCUGGGUGACCAGCCAAAUAAUGUCUGGCAUUUUUAACGAGGAGGAAAGCGAACAGCUAAUGUUAAUUUAACCUAGUAACCUGAAGGGUUCAGUUAGUAAAAGUAGGUCACCAGGAAUCGUGCUGCAGAGCUAGCAUGAUCUGAUAAAUAGUUCCGCUGGUUAAGCUAGCAAGCUGAAUUUUCGCCAACAAAUUGACGUGGACUAUUAAGUUGAAGCAGACACGGAGAGCCUGACAUGGCAGAGAGAAUGGCAGAGAUGGAGGAAGACAUGGGAGAUGUGCCCGCCGGAGAGGAUGACAAUGACUCAGACAGGGAUGAAGACGACAGACUGUUUGCAUGGAUGGUGAAUGACGAUAUGGACGAGGACGAGGAGGAUGAGGAGGCAGAGGACGAACAGCCCUUGGACACUGAGGCGUCAGAGUCGUUUGAGUUGGACUCCCCAGCUGAGCGCAGUGGUCAUAUAGCAGUGAUUGACAGAAACAUCAUGUAUGUGUGGGGUGGAUACAAGAAUUCUCAAAACCACGGAUUCUUUGACUUGUACCUGCCGAGAAAUGAGAUCUGGACAUACAACAUGGAGUCAGGAGUGUGGACGAAGCACGUAGCUGGCGGUAACCUGCACACGUCCAUGUCGGGCAGCUGUGGGGUGUGUGUCGAUGGAGUCCUCUACCUUUUUGGAGGUCAUCACGCCAGGGGAAACACAAACAGGAUCUACCGCCUGCCCCUGAGAGCUCCCAGCCUCGUCUGGGAGGAAAUGAGAGAUCUUAAAGGACUCCCUCCAUCCUGUAAGGACAAGCUAGGGUGCUGGGUUCAGAAGAACAGACUUAUAUACUUUGGGGGCUAUGGCUACGCUGCACAAGGACCUCAUCAAGGGACUUUUGAAUAUGAUGAAUCGUCUUCACUCGUGUGGGACAGCCUUGGGAGAGGCUGGAACAACCACAUCCACAUCCUGGACCUGGAGACAUAUACGUGGAGCCAGCCCAUCACUACAGGGAACACUCCGUCCCCCAGAGCAGCUCACGCCUGUGCCACGAUCGGUAACAGAGGCUAUGUGUUCGGGGGACGAUACAAGAACUACAGACUAAAUGACCUGUACUACAUCAACCUGGACACAUGGGAGUGGCAUGAAAUGAGCGUUCCCCAGCACGGUCCUGUGGGCCGGUCUUGGCACUCCUUCACUCCCGUGUCACCAGACCACAUCUUCUUGUUUGGAGGAUUCACAACAGAGAGGGAGACACUGAGUGAUGCUUGGCUGUACUCUGUGAGCAAAAAUGAAUGGAAGCCUUUCAAACACAGUCACACAGAGCGACCGAGGCUGUGGCACACAGCAUGCUCCGGUCCCGAUGGGGAGGUGUUUGUGUUCGGAGGGUGUGCCAACAACCUGUUGUCUCACCACAGAGCUGCGCACAGCAACGAGUUACUGGUUUUCAACGUUCAGCCCAAAUCUCUAGUCCGUUUCUGCAUGGAGACCGUUUUGCAGCACAAGGAGCGUUUGUCCAGUUACUGGGACUGCUUGCCUAAACACCUCCUGCACAGCCUGAAACAGAGAAUGUCACGCGUCAACACACUGGGCUCCUAGGCCAAGAGGAAGCCAUCAAUCCAGACCGGAGCAUUACAGGGAAAUAUGUUUAUAUGUACAGUAUAUACGAGAUGAGCAGGUAGUCCUUUUAGAGCAUUAGUUUAAUGUGUGUGGACACUUGCGGGAAAAAAAACCCCCUAAGCAAUAGUGGAACAGCUGUGGCACUGUUGGAAAUGGUCCUGGCUGUUUAUCUUACAGGUUGAGCUCUUGCAAAGCCAGUGGAACCUUUUGUUAGUUGAGUAGCAGUGCUGACAGCAGGGAGCCCAGAACUACCUUCCAGUUGUUUUUGUUCCUGGCUCAAUAUAUUUUUCAAAUGGACUUUUACUUUAUAACUCAUUCAGAAAAAAAGCUAAAAUUGAGGAAGAACACCGAAAGAAACCCUGUGCAACAAUGUAUUGUGUUAUUGAGGCUAAAGGGGAAAGAAAUAUGGUUUGGAGUUGGCAGGACUUAAGCUUUGUGAACUUCCCUCCCUCCACAGGAUUAUAGUUCCUCUUGUGCCCAAGGGUCGGGGGUAGAGUUCUGGUCCAAACAUGCCAUUCAUUGUGUUUUCAUUGUUCUUGCUAAAAAAAAAUCAAACCAACUUAAAAUGUGUCUAAUGUCUUACAACUAAAUUCAGCGUUCUGAGGCUGAAACAGGUUCGCUUUAACCGUGCAGAUUUUUUAAAAAAAUGAUUCCUGUAACUAAUGUUUGAGAUCUUGAAUGCAGACAUUUCCUAGACCUUGGGUAGUUUAAGUUGUCACAGACCUAAAACUAGUGCUUCUUUACGCAAGACUAUCUACUCUGAAGCCACAGAAAUGUUCAUUUUUAUUUAUAUAUAUGAAUAUAAAGUAAUUUAUAUAUUUGUGAGGAAAUGUGUGGGUUCUGUGUUCUCAAAGUGGCUUUUAAAGCCUUGCGAUCGUCAUGAGUGGCUCCUGUAGCAUUUUAAUUUCAUCAGUGACUUAAAAUACUGCAAGUGUAUUGGCUGUUGAGCCACGUUGCACUGAAACGCCUCAUGUCAGCAGGGCUCUGUUUGUAUUUGCCUGGUUUGCACAAUGUUCUGUUGGUGUUUUUUAUUGUAGAAUAUGAUGCAUAUUGUUUCUUUGUACACAGAGAAUAAACCCAUAUCGCAAGAUG